UGCAGUCUGUCAGCUUCACUCGCAUGUUGGAUGUUUGUCACUCCCGCAGCUCAGUGAAGCAGAUUUACACACCAUUAUCCGCUGGUCAACUUCAUAACAUGACAGAAAUGGGCGAAAUCGACGAGGGAUUUUACUCCCGACAGCUGUAUGUUCUGGGUCGUGAGGCGAUGCAGCGCAUGGGGGCAGCCCGGGUCCUGAUAGCAGGGAUGCGUGGUCUCGGUGUGGAAAUAGCCAAGAACGUGAUCCUGUCCGGGGUGAACUCUGUCACCGUGCAGGACGAGGGCGUCGCGUCUUGGACGGACCUGACUUCCCAAUUUUUCCUGAAUGAGUCCCACAUCGGUCAGAACCGAGCCACAAGUUCCCUACCCCAGCUGUCUGCCCUGAACCCCCAUGUCCAUGUGUCAGUCCACACUGGACCGCUGGAUGAAAACCUGUUGUUACAAUUCCAGGUGGUGGUGUUGACCGACUCCUCCUUGGAUGAUCAGAAACGGUUUGGCCGGCACUGCCAUCUGAAUGGAAUCAAGUUCAUUGUGGCAGACACCAAGGGACUUUGUGGUCAGCUGUUCAGUGACUUCGGGGAGGAGUUUGAGGUCUUGGAUGCUGAUGGGGAGACACCUGUGUCAGCUAUGAUAGAACACAUCACCAAGGGUAAUCCUGGUAUGGUGACCUGCACAUACAACCAGAAGCUUCACUUUAGAGAUGGCUGCGAAGUUUCCUUCUCUGAAGUCCAAGGCAUGACCGAGCUGAACAGCAUGAGCCCUAUGAAGAUCACAGUCUGCAGCCCUGACUGCUUCAGUAUUGUCGACACCUCAGGCUUUAGUGAGUAUAAACGAGGUGGCAUAGUGACUGAGGUGAAGCAGCGCCAUGUUCUCAAAUUUAAAUCGCUGGAUGAGGCUUUAUUGGACCGAGAGCUCCUUGUAAACACUGACUUUGGAAAAACAGCACGUCAUGAGACCCUGCACUUGGCUUUCCAAGCCCUCCAUAGCUUUGUGAAGAAAGAAGGAAGACUUCCUAAACCCAGAUCUCAGUCAGAUGCAGAUGUCCUGGCUGUCAUGGUGAGAGAGCUGAAUGCAGCGGCCCAGCUGGAGCAACUAGACGAGGCGGUGGUGAGACGCCUGUCCUACACAGCACAGGGUGACCUGGCUCCUCUUAAUGCCUUUAUUGGAGCACUGGCUGCACAGGAAGUCAUUAAGGCAUGUGGUAGGAAAUUUAUGCCUCUUCAGCAGUGGCUGUAUUUUGAUGCACUGGAGUGCCUCCCUGAAGAUGAUGAAGAUGAGGACCAGCUGACAGAGGACUGCUUCUCACCAAAAGGCGUGAGAUACGAUGGGCAGAUUGCCGUGUUUGGAUCGGCGUUCCAAGAGAAGCUUGGGAGACAGAAGCACUUCCUGGUUGGAGCUGGUGCCAUUGGUUGUGAGCUUUUUAAAAACUUUGCCCUCAUUGGCCUCGGUGCUGGAGAGGGAGGCCACAUCACUGUAACAGACAUGGACUCCAUAGAAAGAUCCAACCUGCACCGCCAGUUCCUGUUCAGGUCCAAAGACAUUGGGAAACAGAAAUCUGAAGUCGCAGCAAAGGCGGUAAAAGCGAUGAACCCAGAGAUGAACAUCACAGCUCACCAGAACCGUCUCGGCUCAGACAGCGAACACGUGUAUGAUUAUCAUUUCUUCAUGGGUCUUGAUGGAGUGUUUGCAGCCCUAGACAACGUGGAGACCAGAGUCUACCUGGAUGAGCGAUGCGUUCGACACAAGAAGCCCAUGCUGGAAGGGGGGACCCGUGGAGGCCAGGGCCACACUCUGGUGGUGGUUCCUCACCUGACUGAGUCCUAUGGACCGCACGGAUUAAGCUCUGAUGAAGCCAUCCCUCUGUGCACGCUCAAGAACUUCCCUUACCGCAUUGAGCAUACCCUGCAGUGGGCCAGAGACCAGUUUGAAGGACUUUUUAAACAAACUCCUGACAAUGUGAAUCUCUACCUGAGGGAGCCAGGGUUUGUAGAACGGACGCUGGGCCUUGGCGAGGGGGAGGCCCUGGAUGUCCUGCAGGGUGUGUGUAGUAACCUGGAGGGCAUUGAGGCUGGAGGCCAACGUCCAACAUGCUGGGAAGACUGUGUCGGCUGGGCACGAUGCAAGUGGGAGACUCUCUACAACAAUGAUAUCUUGCAGCUUUUGCACUGCUUCCCUCCUGAACAGGUGACCAGCUCUGGUCUACCAUUCUGGUCUGGAGCCAAGAGAUGCCCUCACCCACUGACCUUUGACCCCAAUAAUACUACCCAUAUGGACUACGUGGUGGCCGCAGCUAAUCUGUAUGGGCAAAUCUAUGGGAUCAAAGGGACAAAAGAUCGUGCUUCUAUCAAGAAAGUCCUAGAGGAGGUUCGUGUGCCUCCUUUCUCUCCAAAGUCCUCAGUAAAGAUCUAUGUCACUGAUGAGGAGAUGGACGCUGAGAAACAAAGAGGAAAUGAUGAUGCCGGCAAAGCCAGACUGGACGAGUUGACAGAAAAGUUGGCCUCACUCUCGCUGAGUGGCUUAGCUUUGCAGAUGCACCCCAUUGACUUUGAGAAGGAUGUUGAUGAUAAUUUCCACGUGGACUACAUUGUGGCUGCCUCUAACCUUAGGGCGGAGAAUUAUGACAUCCCUGCAGCUGAUCGGCUCCAGAGCAAGCGCAUUGCUGGGAGGAUCAUGCCAGCCAUAGCUACCACAACAGCUGCAGUGGCAGGCCUCAUGUGCCUGGAGCUGUAUAAACUGGUGCAGGGUCACAGGAAGAUCAGCUCGUACCGCUCUGCCUUCCUCAACCUGGCUGUCAACCACUUUGUCCUGUCCAUACCUUGCAGGCCCCAGCACUUUACUGUUGCAGGAAAAGAGUACAGCCUGUGGGAUGACUUCCUGGUUGAGAGCAGACGUGACGGUCAGCAGGAAAUGACCUUGGGAGAUCUGCUCCAGUAUAUCAAGGAAAAAUAUGGCUUGGAGGUCACCAGUCUCUUUUACAAGACUGCUCUCUUGUACGAUGUUAACAGUGAUCAUAAGGAGAGGCUUAAACAGAGUGUGUCUGAUGUGGUGAGGUCGGUAACCAAGGCAGAGAUUCCUCAACAAAAGCAGAUGCUGGAGAUGUUUCCCUCAUUUGCUGAAGAUGAAGACUGUGAGAUAGUCCCACCUAUUCGGUACCUACCCUGGUGAUGUCAUCGAUGGGAGAUUUCUAAAAAAUGCCCAGAAAAAAUCCCAUGGGGCUGCUUCAACCUGACAAAACUAACCUUGUAUUCCUGGAAUAUCAGAUCAAGAAAAAAUAUAUAUAUAUAUCUUCCUUCCUUGAUUUUAUGUAUUUCCUUGUUAUAAUAGGAUAUUAGGGCCGGACAUCGUUCAAAAGAUAUCAGUAAGAGGAAAUAACACAGUUUUAUGUGAUGUGAUGGAUGAUUUUUUUUCAAAUGUUUUGAAGGCUUUAUACGCUGAAAUUUCUGGUGUAGCAUGAGGUCACCAUUAAAGACUGUUCCAGAAAGUAAAAAUAAUAUGAAUUGAUUUCAUGGGGACUUACAGUUAAUGGAGCUCAACCUUAGUGUCUAAAUCAUCUUCUCCAGAGCUAGUCAGCUGUAGCUAGCUUACUUAUAAAUCAUUUCACUGAUGAAAUGAGAUGUUGUUUACCUUUUCCCACCUGCCAGAAAUUAAAAAUUACAUUGCAUUACAACUGGUAUUGUCUGUAUUGUACUGUCUGUAUUUUAAUUGUCUAAUAUCCAUUGCUGUGCUGCCAAAUGUCUUGUAAAGAGCUGUGAUCCACUCUCUACUACGUGUGAGCACCAUCCUGGUUCACACUGCCUAGCCUGUUCACACCACCUUUCCCAGCAUCACCA